UCCUUCAACAUUUUCAUUAUUCACAGUCAACAUGUCGUUGAAAUUAGUAAUUCUGUGUUUAUCAUUUGCAAUCGCACAUGGAUUUCCUCGUCUUGGAUCGCCAUCUGUAGGAUCAACAGUAGCUCGCAUCAAUGGAGGUGAAAACGCCUUACCAGGCGAAUUUCCGUAUCAAAUUUCAUUGCAAAUUAAUUAUGUUGGACAUAAAUCUCACUCGUGUGGAGGCAGCAUUCUUAAUGAAAAUUGGAUUUUGACAGCAGCUCAUUGUGUAUAUCAAAUUUCACCAUAUGCUAAAGCUUAUGUUUUGUCUGGAAAACAUUCAAUUUAUCGUAUUGAGAGAACGCAACAAGAAAAUCUAGUUGAGAAAAUAGUUGUUCAUGAAAAUUAUUCUGGAAAGAUUGGGCCUAAUGAUAUUGCGCUCCUCAAAUUGCGAAGUCCUUUAAUUUUUAAUGAACAUGUAAAACCGAUCGACUUACCCUCAAAAAAUAGCGAAGUUGAGGGUGAGGUAAUUUUAAGUGGCUGGGGAGCAGUUCACUCAAAUGGUAGAGAUACACCUGAUAUUUUGCAAAAGGCUACAUUAACGACAAUUGGUUUGGACGUUUGCAACAAAGCUGUGGAAAAAUACGGAGACACGAAGGUCGUAUCGAGUAAUAUAUGCACUGGUCCUAUAACUGGAGGAAUUUCAGCUUGUCAGGGUGAUUCGGGUGGUCCACUCAUUAAAGAAAAAAACGGAAAAGCUCAAUUAGUUGGGGUUGUCUCCUGGGGAGUAGUUCCUUGUGGUUUCGUUGGAGCGCCUUCAGUCUAUACCAAGGUAUCGUCUUAUAUAGACUGGAUAGAAAACGUUAUGAACGAGUCUUAAAUCUCCCAAGUCUGCUAAUCUGCGGAUGACUACUAAUCUUUAUCAAAAACGAAUAUUAAAAAAAAUUGUACAUAUGUAUAUUUAAAAUAUAAAGAUAAUUUUUCAUGGAA